AGACCGACUUUUUUUUAUCGCUAUCAUUUUCUUUUUCACUGGGCACAUUGUAGGGAACAAUGGUAAACAUAAAUAUUUCAAUGAAAAUGGAGGCGUGCCACCCCCGCACCUCCCACAGCAAUAUGCCACUCCGAAACUCGCGCUAAUUGAGCAGGCUGGCUACGCCACUGAAUAUUUCCCAGCGUUUAACGUGGCAAGCGUGUAGCCACCACGUUAAUAUCCAUUUCAUAGUUUGGACACGAUUAUCAAAGAAAAUAAUUAAUUAAUGGCGACAAGUUUUCUGAUGCCUUUCUGCUUUAGCUGCACGAUGAAAUUCAUUAAAAUAAGCAAGCACAGAAGAACUUGCUGUUUGCCAGACUCAAACAUCAUUCAAAAUGACCUUGGUUUGCUUUCAAUGUUUUUGUUUAAAUCACCUUGGGAACAAAGCCGCUUCACUAAAAAACGGAUCUGCAUGGAUUAAAGAAUUUGUAACGAGUAAUAAAUUGUGAGAAGUUUUGAAUGGACCAGACGUGUAUAAUUGGCGGUCUUGAAAUCCAGCGUAGGCGACACGAACACAUUACGAUUUUAAUGAGUUUUUACAUUGGAAAACGGGGCAGGUAUUAAUUGAGGAGAAGUUAACAAACAUGUCUGUCACAUCGCGGUGAACUAUCGUAAACAAACAUAGUGUUGGACUUGAAGAACGGAGAUGCCGAAAACUCGUUUGAGACGUCGUCGCGAUAGCGUGAAGUACGGCAGUUCUACUGGGGAUAAGGAUUCAUCAGUAAGAGGAUUAAAGAAUUAUGGGUCACAAACUCAGCAGGAGAUGCAAGAUUGCGGUGAAAAUUCCGAGUCGUACUUUGAUGUCCCACAAAGUGGCGUCAGUAAAAUUAGAAAAGUGCAAACUGAAGAAACGUUGAAAUGGUUGGAUGAGAACUAUGUCACGUGCGAAGGUGUAUGUCUACCACGAUGUAUACUGUACGCUCAUUACCUUGAUUUCUGUCGACUAAAAAAGGUUGAAGCUGCGUGUGCCGCGACUUUUGGAAAGAUUAUUCGUCAGAAGUUUCCCAAGCUAACUACGCGGAGAUUGGGAACUAGAGGACAUUCUAAAUAUCACUACUAUGGAAUUGGAAUCAAAGAAUCGUCGACGUAUUAUCAUUCAGUCUAUUCUGGCAAAGGUCUUACUAGGUUUUCAAGCUGCAAAGUAAAAAAUAAGGGAACUUUCCUCAGAAAAUAUUCUCCAACCUCGAGAACUGGAACGCUUCUACCAGAUUUUCCGAAUCCUAAAAUUCUGAUGUUCCCCCUGGAAGCACCUCUUGAAAAGGUUGAUACUUUGAUCAUGAUGUACAAGACACAUUGUCAGUGUAUUCUGGAUACUGCCAUUAAUUCCAACUUCAAUGAGAUCUACAGUUAUCUUCUUCACUUUUGGCAAAGAAUGCCAAACCAUUUGCUUCCUGUUCUACGAGUUGACGUUGUUGUUAACCUCAUCUGUCUUUGUGACUCGAUUUUAUAUAAGGUUCUUCUUGAUGUAUUAAUUCCAAGUACGAUGCAAGAUAUGCCAGAAGAAUUGUUAUCUGAUGUGAGAAGUUUUGCGCGACAAAUUGAAAAAUGGGUCAAAUCGUCUUUAGAAAAUUUUCCGGAAAACUUAAUUAGCUGCAAACUUCAAGCUGCUCGUCAAUUUGCUCUGGCCAUCAAAAGACAGACAUCAUUUCUUCAUUUGGCUCAAACAGCUAGACCAGUGAUACAGGAUGCAGAGAUAGCCGACCAAAUGGCCAGCGAUCUUGAUGAAGUUGACUUUAAUUCUUUGGAAACUGAAGCCAUGUUCACAUCUUAUGAUGGGAUGAAUAAAAGUGGCGACAACGAUAAAGUUUUAGCAAAGUUGCGCAGUUUACUGGAGAAGCCCGCACAGAUUGAGGAAUAUGUUGAUUGGAUGGAUGGGAUCAUCGAAAGAAGGAUCAUCAAGCCUGAAGACAAGAAAGACGUCAAAACUCGUGCGCAGGAGUUCCUACUUCAGUGGUCUUUCACUUGUGGCAGACUCAUGCACAAUUUGACCUUAAAUUACUGCACAACUUUUGGUUCAUUUCAUCUUCUGCGCAUGCUUAUGGACGAAUACAUGUUUCUGGCAAUUGAAACAAAGUUGAAUGAAGAUUUAGAGAAGACAAUUCAGGAAAAUCUGGACAAAAAUCUCAAGCAAGAUGGUGACUGCGAUAAAUCCAUUCGAAUGUCGACAUUUAGCACAAAGACAAAAUUUACAGUGUCAGCGGCGAGAUCAAGGCCAGCAGAAAAUGUUAACGCAAAAGCAAGGCCAUCGUGUCGAGGAAAGAGAAGAACGUCUUUUAAAAAUGAUCAGUGCAGUUGGUCACAGAACAACACAAAACCCAAACGAAAGCUGAUAAAUGACAGCAAAUAUAAGCAUCUGUCUCAUGAAAUAACACCCCUGACCCCACCUGUCUCGCCUCUCUUCAACAUGCAAAAUGGACCGACUGUACCUACCGCAUGGUACUACGCUGACACGCAACCUAGAACGCUUGAUUUUCAGAGAUUCAAGAUGAACAAUAUUCCAAACAUUGUCCAACCGAGCCUCGAAAGAAUAGAUUAUUUGGUCAGCGAACAUUUUCGAAAUUGUGGUGUAAAUCCAUCUUUAUCUGGACCGGUGGAUGUCAAUGGAAACUUAAUGCCCAUGCAUUUUACUUAUGAUCACGUGACUCAAACCUAUCCCAGAAAGCAGCAGCUUGAUACAACUAACUCAAGCUUUCAAAACCCACGCUUUAAAGCACAAAAUGAAGGCGAAGCAAUCCCAUCUUAUCCAAUAUUACCACCUCAUACGUUCAACAACAGCCAUCUUUCGUUCCAGACGUCUAUGAUAUUUUACCCUGACGGGAAUUCGUUGGAUAAUUCCAGUCACUUUGUUCCAUUCACCUCUGAAGAGGCUGACGAAAUGGACAGUUCGGUGGAUAACCUUUUCAGCGAUUCAUGCGCGUUCGACGAUGUCAAUGCCAAUAGUUCUUUACCAUCUAUUAAUUCCCUUUUAAGUACAGCAGUUCAGAUGUUCUGAGCAUUGGAUGAAAAUUUCAUUUGCAACUUGAUCAUCUGCUGAACUUCAGUUUUGUUAUUUUCUUUGUUUUUAAAUAUUGCACAGGCAGCGAAAACGAACUGCUCAGGAAUUGUCUAGUAAACAAAAAGAAUGAUAGCACAGCGCUAUAACCAACAACUACAAACAAU